UUCGAGAAGGAUGCGGCGGCACUCCUGCUGCACUUGGCUUUGCUGCUGUGUAGUUCAUUUUCAAAUUUUCUUCACGGCCACACACACGUGAACUUCACAUAUUAGCUGCUGGCAUUGGAAUUUUUGGUUUUUUACAUUUUAUUUGUGUUUUUUCUUUUCUUAUAGUUCAAUGCAAUCUGUUCGAAAUCUGCAAAUCUGAAAGGCACAUCUUCAACAGAAUCACAAGAGUCAUUGCCAUCGGAAUCGCUUUCGCCACCUCUUAAAUCAGCUGCUAUGGCACCUGUGGCUGAUAAUGCCCCUGCGGCUAACAUAAUAACCACUGAGAAAGGUCACUGCGAUAUUGAGCCAAAAGUGGUGGUUUUAGGUGUGCCCGCUAAUGUGGCGCUCAAAACGGACAGCAAUGUGGAUAAAAUUAAUAAAUCUAGUGAGGUUCAUACGGAUUUGAGUGAGCCGAAAAUAUCAGAGAUGCCCACAGCACUGAAUUUCAAUGCGGAAGAUCGCGCAAAGUUAACAUUUGAGGAUGGUCUUAUACCCACAUUAACAGCUGCCAUAAAUGAGCACGAGAAUCGUGAAAAUGUUCCAGUAAAAGAUGAGUCCAACAGCAAACCAAAUCAAAACCUGCAAGUACACAUCGAACCUGAUACGGCCACCUCAUCGGAUAAUGAAACUUUCGCAGAAUGUCAAUCAUACCAAGCAUUGGAUGCUAAUAAUGAUUAUGGAUUUAUAGCUGAUGAAUAUAGUUUUGAAAAUUCCGAAAUUGAGUCGUACUUUAGUGCCGCUAAUUCGAGAAAUGUAACUCUUACAAAUGUAGCCGCAGAUCCUUUAAGUUUACCUAUGAAUAAAUUGCCAGAGCAAAGUGAAAGUGACUUGCAGUCAAUGCUAUCUGCAUUGAGCAGUGAUGAAUUGUUAACACAGCAAACUGUCAAUCCAUUAGACGUCACUUUUGGCGACGAGCCUAUGGAUGUGGAUGUGAGUUUUGCCGAAAUAAUUGUUGGAGGCAGUGAAUUGCCUAUUAACAAUGGAAAUAUAUUACCAUCUGACACAACCAGUGUAGAAAAUGUGGUUGAAACCAAGUCUGCUGCUGCAGAACUUGAGUGUCAGCAAGUGAACUCUACAGAGAUGGCAACAAAUAACGCAGAUCCAAUCGAUAUUUUUGAAAAUGAGGCAGGGUAUGAAACAACACCAUCUCAUAUUGUUGUACCACUAAAUAAAAGUUUCGAAAUACCAACUUCAACAACAGAAAUAACAGGAACCCCUUCGCAGGCAAUUGCCGAUAUGACGCAGUCAACUGUAGCUACAACAUCCGUUCAAUCAGCAUAUACCAGUCAGAAUCCUAUUGAUGAGUACGACGUAAAAAAUUGUACUACCGAAAGUAAACUAGAGGUGAAUAAGUCUUUAACGGGUUCGCACAAUGCUUUGAACUUGACAAACGAUAUGAAUUCUUCAACAAGUAGCUGUAAAAGCUCAGCAUCCUCCCCGAGCUUCCCCAUCAAGCACAAGGGAAGCUCAAUCAAACAAUUUCCGCGCUCUCCCACUGCUACUGCAGCGAAGAGUAUGCCGUUUUUGGAGAAAUCCGAAUAUACGGAACGCAUCGAAAUUGAACGGAAGAGAUCAACAGCAAGUGAGCCAAAAUUGGCUUUGUGCGGUUCUCGAAAAACAUCAACGGCUGAUGAAAAACCAGCGCAGGUCGCAAAGUCAGCAAAUGAUGCCAUAACCCCCAUUAGUGCUAACGUGCAUUCAACUCUGACCCCCAAUGAAAAUAAUUCAUCCACUGUCGGGGAGAUAAAUUUUGAACACAACAGCACAUUUGAUGGCAGCGCAAGCGUUGCACCUUUAAAAGAAGGUAAUUUAACUGACAGCUUUGAUAAACGUCGUACCUUCACUGUAGCAGCUAGUGUCCCAGAAGAAACAGAGAUCCCUGCACAAAAACAAGAUAGUGAGAGGGAUAAAAUACGCACAUUUAACAUGCCAAGCUCGGAGAACAAGGAAGACCCAAAAACCAAUAUAUCCGAGGCUGAAGAUAAGCGUCAUACCUUCAAUUUAAAAACGGAAGAACCACAGGCAAAUACAUCUGAAGCUGAAAAUAAGCGCCGGACCUUCAAUUUAUCUGCAUCUAUGCCCAUAUCUAAUACCGCAAACAAUAAAGAUGUGAAUAUAC